AUGUCCGCCGUUCCUCUUCCUGCCGUUCCUCAGUCUCCCGUUUUUUCUGUGUUGAUAGCAGCAGGGUUUUACGCAAUCAACAACCAGUUUCUCAUGAAUGGCCCAAAAGGGUUUGAGGAGUACAAGAUGCUUGAGAACGACAUCAUGUUCGUGAGAAUGGAUUUUCCCGGCGUUCCAGACGAUGGCGUUACUGUUACUCUUGAUGCCUCCAAGACGCUUCUGAAUGUCGUGGCCCACGCACCCAAGGUCCAUAAACACGACUUCUCCCACCGGAAGUACUUUACCAUGACCGGACUCGUAUGCGGAUGCUGCCAGAUCUCCAGCUUCACCUACCAAAUGACCGACAGUGUUCUCAGGCUUCACAUCUCUAAGACUAACAUCGUCGAUCCACAACUCCCUACCUGCACCGCGUUUCUCAGUGGCAUACGUCUCGCAAGAGAUGUCUCGAUGUGUGGUCGCAGUUCCCCUGGAGUUCCUCUUAGGUUUCACUAUAACAGGGAUCCCUAUCACCCGGAUUUAUCGGGUCCGGAGUUGAUGCCACACCCGACUGUGCAUGAAGGAUCGAAAAUGGCUUAUGAGUCAAAGCAGCUCCAGAACGGCGGCUUAUACGUGCGUUUAGACAUGCCAGGUGUUCCCAAAGACAACUUCAACGUCUCCGUCUCGAGCGGGAGAGUCAAGGUGACUGGUCAAGCUCCCGUCGUUAGCCAUGACUCAGAUGCUCGGUUCUACUCUGGUGACGUGGCUAUGCUCUCUGCUCCUGUUGACGUUCCUAGCCGUCGGAUCAAAACUAUCAUCAAGAACGGUAUCAUUCGCCUUAUCAUCCCUCCCGUUUGAUGUGAAUCAAAAAAACAAUUUUGCGUUUGAAAUAAUUUGUCUCCCGCGGAGGUGGACCCCAGUUAUUAUGU